UAUUAUUAUAAAUGUGUUCUAACUGUUAUUGUUAUCUUUAAGUUCUAUGUAUAUACUUCCUUUUAUCGUGUUUUGUACAUUAGGUACAGUGUUAAUGAAUUGUUAACAAAUUAAAAUAAUUGUUGCUUUAAUUAUAGAACAAUAAAAAAGUUUUAUUUAUAGAAAUCUAUUUUUAUUGCUCUUUUUAUCUUUACGUCAACGAUUUUUUUACUAGAUUUAAAAUUGAAUAUGACCAUGAAAAUAGCUAUUGUUAAAACUUACUCCACAUGAAUGACAUCUUGGCAUCUUACUUUGCUGAUAAGCUAAAUAUAGGUAUACUUAUGGGUCAUAAAUAUCUAUAUAGACAUUUAAUAAAUCGAGAUUCUGUUAUUCUUUUAACACUCGCUCAGUAUCGUUUCUACAAGUUAGUUUGUCCCAUCGAUAUCGAUAAGUCACUUCUGCGUUCACAAAUCACAAUGUUCAAUUUAAUUGACGCUAGACAUAAGCUAUCUUGCAUUCCAAAUGAAGCAGCUCAUUUGAAACCGUGGGGAAAUAGAAAAAUUCAUAAUUCUAUUUUAGAAUUUGUUGGAAAUACGCCUCUUGUAAAGUUAAAUAAAAUACCAAAAGAGUAUGGAUUGGAGUGUGAAAUUUACGCAAAAUGUGAAUAUAUGAAUCCUGGCGGAUCUAUCAAGGAUCGAAUUGCUCUUGCCAUGGUCAAAGAUGCGGAAAAAGGGGGAAAUAUUUCGAAAAACACGAUAUUUGUAGAACCGACUUCUGGAAACACUGGCAUCGGUGUUGCGUUUGAUGCUGCCCUUAUGGGAAAUAAAAGUAUAAUUAUUACUGGCCAAAAAAAUUCUGAUGAAAAAGUUAGAACCAUGCAACUACUAGGGGCGGAAGUUAUCCAAACAAAUAUAUCAUCCGUUGAUAUUGCUCGAAAAAUACACGAUGAGGAUCCCGAGAACGUAGUUAUACUCAAUCAGUUUGAAAAUCCCAUGAAUCCUAAGAUACAUUAUGAAACGACUGCUGAAGAAAUCUUGCAUUCUUUGGGCCAAGUAGAUAUGUUUGUGUUGGCAACUGGUACUGGAGGGACCAUGUCUGGCGUCGGACACAAAUUGAAAGAACGUCUAGCCGACUGCCACAUCGUAGUCGCAGAACCAGAUGGAUCUACCAUGUUCAAUGUCAACGGGAAGAGUCACCCGUUUUUGGUUGAAGGGAUUGGAGGAUCUGAAAUUCCUAUCGUUUUAGACAAAUCGGUAGCCGAUUCAUUUGAAGUGGUAACGGAUGAAGAAUCAUUUCUAAUGGCUAGAAAAUUAUGUCAGAAAGAAGGACUACUGUGUGGAGGCAGCAGUGGCACAGCCAUGGCAGCCGCUGUACGAGCUGCUAAAAAGAUGAAACUCGAUGGAAAAAAACGUGUCGUUGUAAUUUUACCAGAUGGUAUCCGAAAUUAUAUGACUAAAUUCGUUAGCGAUCAGUGGAUGGAAGCACAGCUUUUCAUGGACCCGCCUGAGCACACCAUGAGGUGGUGGAAACAUCCAAUUACAAAAAUUACCCCCAACCACAAGUAUCCCAAAGUUGAUACUGAAUGUACGUGUCGUGAAGCUAUAAAAGAAAUGGGAAAAGAGAAUAUCGCUAUCGUAGUGAAUGACGAAGGACAUUUUGUAGGUGCAGUUUCAAAAGACAGUUUUCGAAAUUAUGCAACUAAUCCCACCAAGCUUCCUGGACACGAUUCUGAAGACUUCGAUUUUAAUGCCAAAGUUACUGAUUAUUUGGUGAAACAUUGCUAUACUCUUGCAAAAAAUGGAAAAAAGGGAAUGCCUACUGUGGGGUUGUUGUCCAGAGUAUUAGAUAUCACUGAUUUUGUGGUUAUCGGAAGAAACAUUACUGCAGAGAAUGAACAAGCUCAUUUUAUCCCGGAAAGUGUCGCUACUGCAGAUGACGUCCUCAAUUACAUCAUGCACCAUCAAAAAUAAGACUUCUAAAACUUUUAUGAACAACCUUGUAUUAUACAAUAUUGCAUACUGAAUAUAUAACAAAUAACAAUAG